UCCUGGUCGUCCUGGGCUUCCACAGGCGGCGACCCGAAGCCGUCGGAGGCUGAAGGGCCAUGGCUGCUGCGGGAUCUGUGAGGGCGGCGUUGCAGGUGGCGGAAGUGCUAGAAACCGUCGUGAGCUGCUGCUUGGGGCCCGAAGGACGGCAAGUUCUGUGUACCAAGCCCACUGGCGAGGUGCUGCUCAGCCGGGAUGGCGGCCGCCUCCUGAAGGCGCUACACUUAGAGCAUCCCAUAGCCAGGAUGAUGGUGGCAUGUGUUUCCAGUCAUCUAAGAAAAACAGGAGAUGGUGCUAAAACAUUUAUUAUCUAUCUUUGCCAUUUACUCAGAGAACUUCAUGCAAUCACAGACAAGGAAAAGGAUUCUUUCUUUUCUGAAAAUAUUCAAACCCAUGGAAGGCACUGGAAAAAGUGUUGUCAGUGGAAGUUUAUUUCCCAAGCUCUUCUAACAUUUCAGACACAAAUAUUAGACUACGUUAUGGACCAUUACUUAAGUAGACACUUUCUGUCCAUCUUUUCUUCAUCCACCAAAGAGAGACCAUUGUGUAGGAGCUCUUUAGAGAUGCUCUUAGGAGCAUACUUUUGUGGAAGAGUGGGAAGAAAUAAUCACAACUUUGUAUCACAGUUGAUGUGUGACUACUUUUUCAAGUGUACAGCUUGUGAAAGUGGGUUUGAAGAAGUACUUGAGUUAGUGGAUGACUGUUUUGUCGAGUUGAAAGUUGGUGUCACCGGCCUUCCUGUUUCCGAUUCCAGGAUCAUAGCUGGGCUUGUGCUUCCCAGAGACUUUUCUGUGUACUGUCCAGCAGACGGUGACAUAAGAAUAGUGAUAGUAAUAGAAACCAUUCAGCCUCUUUUUUCAACUUCUGGGUCAGAGUUUAUUCUAAAUUCAGAAGCACAGUUUCGGACAUCUCAAUUUUGGAUUACAGAAAGGACAAAAGCAAUAAUGAAAUAUUUACAGAAGCAGAAUGUAAAAUUGCUCCUAUCUACUGUGAAACAACCAGACUUAGUAAUUUAUUGUGCAGGACUGAAUGGCAUAUCCGUGGUGGAGUGUUUAUCAUCUGAAGAACUUUCUCUUAUCCAGAGAGUCACUGGUCUCGCUCCCUUUGUACUACCACAGGCCUCUUCUCAGUAUGAACUCUCUAACACUGCUAUGGUGAAGUUUUGUAAGCCCUUUAUUCUUAGAUCCAAAAGGUAUGUUCAUCUUGGCUUGAUUAGCACAUGUUCGUUUACACCACACUGUGUAGUUCUUUGUGGUCCAGUGCAGGGUCUUGUUGAACAACAUGAGGAUGCUUUACGUGGGGCAUUUAAAAUGCUUCGGCAAUUAUUUAAAGACCUUGAUCUAAAUUAUGUGACACAAGCCAGUGACCAAAAUUGUACUUCAAGUCCUCUUAUUUAUAAGAAUAGUAGAGAAAGUAAUGACUUACCAGAAAUUGUUAAUGGCUCAAUACAAAGGCCAUCUCAGGACACAGUUGUAAAGAACAAAGAUGAACUGGCAAAAACUCAAACAUAUUUAAAAGCAUAUUCAAAUUUGGUAGUUCCAAGUGUAGAAUUAGAAACAAAUAUAUUGUGUUCAACACCAACAGUGACACUAACAGAUACAUACCAGACAGAUGCAACACUGAGAUGUUUCUCUCCAGACAAAGCCAGGAUAAUGGACGACCAUGAACCAUUUAUUGAGAGGAAUUCUGCUAACUCAACAGAAAAUACUAGAAAAGAAAUUUCUUAUGAACAUUUACAGGUCACAAAAAAUGCUAGAAAAGGGAGCAUAUUACCAGUGAGAGAUAAGUCACUAGAGAUGUGUACUUCCCAGAGUUACUGUUUCUCAUCUGUACCAGCUGGUUGUGUUUUGCCAGUGGGUGGUAAUUUUGAGAUCUUGUUGCAUUACUAUCUUCUCAGCUAUGCCAAAAAAUGCCAGCAAUCAGAAGAAACCAUGGUUAGUAUGAUAAUAGCUAAUGCAGUUUUAGGCAUUCCCAAAAUCUUGUGUAAGUCUAAGAAAGGAAAUUACAGCUUUCCACAAAUAUAUAUAAGAGCUCUCCAUGCACUGCAAACCAAUCAACCCAUGAUAAGCAACCAGACAGGUUUGGAAUCAGUUGCUGGUAAAUACCAGUUACUAACUUCAGUUCUUCAGUGUUUGACAAACAUUUUAACCAUUGACUUGGUAAUCAAUAUUAAGAGACAACCUCAGGAAAUUUAUGAUCAAGAUUCAGAAGAGGAACUAUAAAAUUGGACGCUUUUUAUUAACCAAAGUUUUAAUCCAGCUCAAGCCAUAAAGCAAGGCAGGCAUGUGACCACUGAUUUUCAAGUUAAUUCAGUUUAGUUAGGAAAACAGCGUAACUUAAAAAGUCUUUAGAAGUACACAAGGCCAGCACACAUUCAGACACAAAUAUUAGAGACUACAUUAUGGCACAAUUCUGAGGAGGAAUCCUGGAUGGGUGAAGCCAAGAUCUGAGUAAGUGUAUCUUUUUUCCCCCUCAGUAUCCCUGUGUCUCUGCUGUGUGUUAGUCUCUGCGUUUGGGAGAAGGUAUUUCCUUAUAGCCCCUUUUUACUUUUCUGUAUCUUUUUUCACUCUUCAUCCCUUCUCCCUUGCCUUUCUGUACCUAGUUAAUAGAGUAAUUUAAUCUCAGAUUUGGAUGUGGUCUUGAAAUGCCAUCCUACUUUAAUUGUUUAUAAUAUAAAACAUUAUUUGCUUUAUUUAAAAUGAUUUAUUUUCCCUACUCAUAAUUUCUAUAGCAGUGAGUAAAAGGCUCAUUUUCUUUUUCUCAAACAGUGUGUGAGUAAAAUUGGUU